UGAAAUCAUUUAUAAAACAAAAUAAUGUUUCAAUAAAACGAACCGAAACAAUAGCUCUUGGAAAAAAGUAACAUAUCGAUGUAUCCAAGCUAGAAAAUAUCCUGAAUGCGAUUUUCAAAUUUGGGUGAUCUAUACAAUGAUGAAUAAAUUGCUUUUUCAAUGUCUAGUGAAUAUAAUCAUGAUAAUCGUGCUAGUACAACUGGCGCUCCAUCACCAGUUAGAGAUAUUGUCAAAAAAUCAGUAGCAGCUGGAUCAGUUCAAUCUCAAACACGUCGUGCCGUACAACAUGAAUGCACUAGUGAUGUUACAAGUACACAACUUUCAACUUUGUUAAAGUAUCAUCGUUUAGUAUCAAGACCGAAUGUUCGUUCGAUAGAUGAUUUUCGUGUAUGA